AUGUGCGCAGACAGAAUCCGAAUUUACUGCCAUGGGGAUAAGAAAAUUCCAAAUAAACUGAAAUACUUUUUCAAUGAAGACAUGUAUGAAUUAUCAGAUGUAAAGCUAGACGAACGUAUAAAUUUGUUACGAAUUCAUUUGAGUUAUGUAUUCUACAAUAACCCGAUUUCUGAAUAUUUUAAGAAUGAAGGAAAUUUUCUGUCAGAGAGACCAUUAAUUUAUAUAUAUUUUUUGUGUCUGAACAAUUUAGAAGAAUAUCGAAAUGAAAAGGAAUACAUUUUAAGUCGUUACAAAGAUUCAAUAAAUGACGAAAAUGAUGAAUGCAUAAUUAUAUAUGCGUACAACUUGGAUGACAAUGUGAAUGAAAUUAAGAAUAUUAAAAAAAUAAAAUCUGAUUUUAGUCAUAAUAGUUAUAAAAGCAUAAAAAUAUUAUCUCUUCCAAUAUUAAAUAAUGAAGACUAUUACUAUUCCAAUAAUAAAAUAAAAGAAUUAUAUGAACAUUUUAAAAUACGUUAUAUGGAUCAUCUAAAAAUAUGUAUAGUAAAGAGAUACCACAUGAUAAAAAGUGGAUAUACAAAAAGUAUGACAAAUUUUUUAAAUUUUGUAGAACAUAGCAAAAAAACUCUUGCAGGAGAAAAAAAAAAAAAUAAAAAUGACAAAAAAAGCAAAUUUCACAUAACAGACAUUAGAGAUGAACCAAGCAAUGAACAAGAAGAAAAUAAAAUCCUUGAAUUUGUAGACUUUUAUAAAAAUCAUAAUGUGUUCCUCUUCUGCAACGAAUUUGUAGACAUCAAUUUCUUUUUAAAAAAAAAUGACCUUUGUACAUAUAUCAAUGAGUUAGAAUUUGUUACAGAUUAUGAUGAAGAACUGUAUGUAGAAAUGUAUGACCAAUUUUUACUACUUUUUAUAUGGUGUGAAAAUAUGUGCUUACUUUUUAGCAAAUUAAAUCUUUUUAAAAAAAGCUACACUCAUUACAGUACUGUAGCCAAGUUGUUCAUGAAAUAUCUAAAAGUUUUUGUCAAAAAAAAAAAAUGCAUUAUCCAUUCAUCUAUCCUUUUUGAAAAAAAUUAUCAUACCAUAGCUAGUCAUAUAAGAGAAAAAAACAUAUGCUCUAUUCAUUUAUUAGAAUAUAUAUUUUUUAAAAAAUUCACCAUUCUUCUACUUUUAAAUAAAUAUGCAUAUAUAUCCAGUAAGGCUCUAAAAUUUGCUAAAUUCUUUUACACAAAUAAGCUUUUCAUCAUUAUGCACAAUUUCACUCGAUUCAAAAAUAGUGUUAUCAGAAAUUCGACGCAACUCAAUUUUUUAAAAAAUAUUCAAAAAAAAAUAGCAAAAUAUAGGAAAAAGGACAUUAUGAAUCGUGCCGUAGCAAAUUCUUUUCGUGCCUCUAUGCUACAUCAGAAUGACCAUAACACCGAAGAAGAACAAAUGGUUAAUCAUAACCAUCAAUUCGACAAAAAUCACAAAGAUAGUAUUAUUCAACACAUUGAUCUGCAAGAAAUGAAUAGAGAUGCCAUUCCAAGGGGAGAUCUUCCUACGAAUGACAAAAAUGUAGUCCAAAAUGUAGACAAAAAUGUAAUCAAAAAUGUAGACAAACAUGCAGUCCAAAAUGUAGACAAAAGUAUAAACAAAAAUAAAAAAAGUCUAAUAAGUGAAUUCAAGGAUGUGUUUAGAAAGGGAGCAGAUAGCACUCUGAUCGCAAUACGAAAUGUAAAUCUCAUAAAACCAGAGGAAGGUACCACUACGUAUGAGCAAUUGGAAAAAGAGACACCCGUCGUAGAUGCCAAUACAUAUAAUUAUCCAUACAAUGAUCCAGAUGAUUACUUAAUGGAUAAUUUACAGGAAGAUGACCUAGAAAAUAGUAAACUUUUGAGUGAAGCACCAACAAACGAGAGUCCCACGAAGACACCAUCCAAUGAUCAGUCUAUUCAGGAAAGACGAAAAAUCCGAGGAGACUUAUUAGUAGAGUUUCCUAAUGCGAAGGAUAAAAUCAUGUUCCUGCUCAAGUGUUGCUUCAUGAAUAAGGAAAAUUUCUUCGCCAUUUACUUGUAUAAUUUGGGGAAUUUGAUAAAGUUCCUUUUCGAGAGAAGGAGCUCCUUUUAUUAUGAGGAAGAAUUGAAUAAAAACAAAAGUGAAAAAAGUGUACAUAAAAAUAAUACCAAUAUUAGCAAAUAUUUAUCACUUCAAAAAAAUAUUAUGAAAUUGGGAUACCAAAAAAAUUUUGGGAAAAAAAAAAAAUCGAAAAAAAGUUUGAAAAUUAAAACAAAAAGAAGUAACUCACUGGAUGAUUCAUCCACAUCUCAGAUAUCAUCCACUUCAUCAGAACGAUCGGAAGGAAAAAACAACUAUAGCUUUCAUCUCAACCUUCAGAAUGAUUUCUGUAUAAACGUAACAAACAUUUUUAAACUCGCAUUUAUGAUUUUGAAAAAUAUACUAAAUAGCUACAAGACAGAUUUGUUAUAUAACAAAAGGAACGUAAAGAAGACUUACUUAUUUAAUUUCUUCUUAGAUUAUUUGGAAGAAAAACAAUUUGAAAAGAAUAUACAAAAAGAAGAUAUUCAGCAAGUGAAAAAUGUGAAAAAAAAUGUGUAUCAAAGUUUUCCAAUAUAUCAUAUAAAAAACUUUUUGAAAGGGAAUGAAAAAAGGAAAAUUAAUUUGCUUAUAAAUAUUAUGAAUAAAAUUACGAAUUUGUGUCAUCGAAAAUAUUACAACAUUUCUAUUAUUAAUAAAUUUUUUUUGGCAGUUAUUUUAUUUGAAAAUUCCAAAUAUAAGAAAUCCUUUAAAAUCUUAAAAAAAAUUAUUCAAAAAUCAAACAACGAGUUUUUGAUAUUUUUCUGUAUGCAACUUAUAUCAUUUCACAACGUGAAUAAUAAGUUUUAUCAUUUUUGUUGUUCCUUUUUUUUAUCAAAUAAACAUACCCCAAUUCUCUCGUUCAAAGAUAUUAAUGUAAAUUUUACUACAUUUGCAAAUCAUCAAUAUUAUUUGUUUUUUCGGAACUCCUCAAAUUCUCUUCUGCGAAUCCAGCACAAGAAACAUCAUACACACGAUUUUUACAGUGUCUUGAAUAAGGACAUCGUUAUAUCAUAUCGAAGUGUGGUGCAUCACGUCUUGCAAUCUGUUUUCAGCUGUGAGGAGCCCUUCGUCGAAAAUGUAGAAAUGUAUUCGUUCUUCCACAACAAGGGGAUUAGAGAGGAAGAAGAAAAAUGUGCAAAAGGUGAAAACGUCCAAAAGAGUGAAAACUGCCAAAAUAGUGAAAACUUCCAAAAGAGUGAAAACUGCCAAAAUAGUGAAAAUUUCCAGAAGAGUGAAAAGAGCGAAAAUUGUGAACAUACUGGCGAACAACGAGUUGAUAAGACAACCAAAGACAGACACAGGGAACCAUCGGUGGCAACCAUAAGCAAAAACAAAUUGAUAAAAUUCAAAGCAAAACAGUUUUGCAAGAGUAAUUACUAUUUCGAACCGAACGAGGGAUUCCUAAAAAGCCUAAGGAGGUUUAACUUCUCUGUGUGUAAAAACGAGGAACAGGGCGAAAUGUACAUCCCUGAAUCAGACAUAAAAGUGUUUGUGCAGUCGAAUUAUAAUCUUUACCUCUUCAUAUCAAGCAUGAAUUUUGGAAUUUUUGGAAAGGAUGAGGAGGAUCAAGACCAUGACAGGGAGAAAGAGAUGAAUAAGAACAAUGUGGGAAAUGUGGACAAAGAGAAUAACCAGGUGCACUAUACUACACCCUCACAAAUGGAACAUAUUGGAACAUUGUUGAGGCUAAGAAUACAAGAAUAUACCCAGAAGAAGGGAAAAGAACAUGGGGAAAUAAACAGAUGUCGAGUUAGGGAGCUGUGUGUUCAGUAUGAUGAAAAUAUUGACCUCUUUGUCUUUUCUGCAUUGUCAGAAAAUUUACAAAUUGAUAGUAUAAUAAUUCAACUGUACGAAGAAAAGGAAAAUAAAAAAAUAUACAUAAAAUUUGCAAAAGAAAAAUAUAUCAUUAAAGAAGGAUUAAAUUUAAUUAAAUUAAAUGUAUCCAGUGUCCUCGAAUCCAAUCAAAUAAAUUGGAAAUAUUUUUAUUAUAGAAUUAAUUAUGUGUACCUCCAAAUUAAUCACUUUUCUUUGUAUCAACAGAUGGGAAUAUUACCAAGUAGAAAUAUAUUGACAUCUUUUUUAAGCGUUUAUUCAAAUUUUAUAAAUUCAAACUACACCUUAUUGGAUUGCAAGAAAUACACAACCUUCUUUUUAAAUCAGCUAAUUUCUCCACUUUAUAUUAAAAUAAAAAUUCUGCACUCUAUUUUAAGUUGCAAAAUGGUUGCGUCAUAUUUGAACAGCACUUCAUUGGUAUACGACAGCACGAACUACAUCAAAUUAAUUGUAUCGAAUAAUCAUUGGAAUAUGGAUUUGAAGAAGCACAAUGAAUUGAUAUCUACUGAGAGGAAAAAAGCCUCGUUAAAUAAAACUAAUCAAGAAAAGGCUUCAAAAAAUGAACUUCUUAAUCGAGUAAUUCAACCUAAUUCAAACAAAUCCGCAGAAGAAUUGAAGUUCACCACAGACAUGAAUGAACAAAUAAAAAAUAUCCAUAUUUUCGUUCAUACUGAAAAUCAAAAUAUUGAUCUCAAGUACGAGAGCGAAAUUUGUACCUUAACCGAUUCGGUUUUUUUUUUUAUUGAAAAAAAUGAUCAUAUACAAAUUACCGAACCGAAGGUUUUAAUUGAGGAAGAAACCUGUUUUAAUCUAAGGGAAGAGAGAAAUGAAUAUUCUUUUAAAAGAGAAGAAGAUACUUAUCACGACAGUUGUUCAUACGAUCAAAGGGAUAAGAAGGAGAAGGAUGAGAAACCCUAUGCAGUCAUAUCCUUCGUCCCAGUAAAGACAAACUGCUGUAAGAUGGUUAAUCAUAAACUGUGUCAAAACGUUUCUGAAAUCUCAAAUAAUACACACAGGAGCGAUAUAUAUGAUACCUUUCCCUCGAAUUGUUGUCUCCAUAGUACUAAUGACAUGAACAAGGUAAAAAUAAAAUGUGUUUUAAAUAUAAAACUAGGGGAAAAGAAGCGGAAGCAAAGAAGAACAGAUUUAUAUAAAUUAUCUGAUGUCAAUUAUGUUGGACAGAUGAAAUUUGAUAAAUUUAUUAACUUAGAAAAAAAAAAUUCAUCAUGCAUUCUGCCAUUAAACAAUCAAAUAAUCAUUGAAAAAACGUUUCAUCUUGUUAAUAUUUUUAAAGAAAAAAUAAAUACAUACAGAUCAAAUAACACCGUGUUGUAUGAAUUAAAUUUGAAAUUACAUAAAGACAAUUAUUCUCUUUUUUUAAAAAAAUGUCACAUUUCUAUUUCGAACAAACACAUUACUCACAUCAAAAGGGUAAAAAUUUUCCCUCCGAAUAUUCACAAUGUGGAAUAUAAACCAAUCCACAUCUUGAACAAUGAUCAAAAUUAUUUUAAUGACAUGAGUCAGCUACAGUCUUACACAUUAUCGAAACGGAAACAGGGAAUGGAGCCACCAACAGGAGAAAACCAAAAAGAUGAUUCAAUCCAAGAAGUGACGAAGGAAAAAAUGGAAAAGAAGCUGCAUGAAGAAAAUUUAGAAAUGACGAAAGAAAAAAUGGAAAAGAAGCUGCAUGAAGAAAAUUUAGAAAUGACGAAAGAAAAAAUGGAAAAGAAGCUGCAUGAAGAAAAUUUAGAAAUGACGAAAGAAAAAAUGGAAAAGAGGGAAAAUAAUCCAUUAGUUCCCAAAUCUGACCGAUCCAACGAGUCUAACAUAAGGAAGGAGGUAAAUUAUUUUAAUGACGAAAUUGAUAUCAACAGUUAUAUUCAUGGAGGAACAUGUAUUUUCUUACUUUUCCAAGUGGUAUAUGAGGACACAUUAGAUGAUAAUGAUGAUGAAGAGAAAAAUUCAACAAAUUUGCUAAAUUAUGAAAGCGUAACAGGAAAGGUAAGCAUAACAUAUGAAUAUCGAAACCUUUUUAUUAUGAGUACAUUUGCAAGGAAACAAAAGAAACAUUUAUACAGUUUCGAUGUAUUUAUCCCUAAAUUUCUGCUGCCAAUAUUUGUAUACUAUGAGAUACCGAAAUAUGGAAUGAUUCAUACAACGAUCAAUGUUAAAAUUGUUUUAUCAAAUAAUAUGAGAGAAGAUAUUUAUAUGAAGUAUUUUGUAUGUCUGGAAAAAAAACAUAAGAUAAAAAAUAAUAACCACGAUGAUAAUAAUAAUAAUGGCAAUAAUAGUAAUAACAAUAAUAGCAAUAACAAUAAUAGCAAUAACAAUAAUAGCAAUAACAAUAAUGUCGAAUGUAAUGAUGCAUACAACUGGCUAAUUAAUGGAUUUAAAAAGAGAGUACUGUUUUUGCCAACAAACUCGUCACACACCAUAAAUCUGACAGUUAUUCCUUUAAAAAUUGGCUUAAUUAACUUCCCUCAAAUUAUGUAUUAUGUAAAAUUAAAUGACAAAUGGGUUGAAAUUACCCAAAUUUUGGAAAAAAGUGAAAAUUUUCAAGUUAUCAUUUCCCCCCCACUGCACUUUAGUCCAAAGAUGUGGCAGUUAGUGUAG